AUGAUUACUACUUUUCUUACUCUGAGCUUGCUGGGCUCUGCCACACUGGCCGCAUCGUCUUCACCAAGUCUCAACACUGUUCAGACCUUCACUAUCACUCGCACAGAAUGGUCUACCGUGACUAGUUGUCCCGUCGCUACAGUUUCGCUUUGCGCUGCUUCCUGCAAUGCCUCACCCUAUACUCUUGGAGUGAACAUCGGUUAUGCUACGCAAGACAACGUCCCCACCACUGCGACUUCAACCCGCUAUGUCAUUCCGAGUCCUGUCCAAGGAUCGAACAGCGCUCAGGGAUCCGACUCUGUCUUUGGCAAUGGACACAAUGACAACCAGGAUUCCAGCAGUGGGCCUGGCAAUAAUCAAGCCUCACCCCAUGGCGCUGGAUCUCCUCAAAAUCAGAACAUCGGUGGCUCAGGCAAGACUGUCACCGUGAUCGAUGGCAAGACGAUCACCAUAUUCGAAGGCUCCACCACCACCCUGACUGCCGGCGCUGUCUUCACUACCGACGUCGUUUACCCAUCUUCGGUUGCUUGUUCUGCAGGCGAAACGGUCAUCAUCGACGAAGAGACCAUCAUCGUCACCCAGGCCACGACUAUCUACGACUGCCCUUGCACCAAGGCCACAACGUUGACUGUUGGUGGUACUUACACAACUGGAGUCGUCUAUCCCAACUCUGUCACCUGCAAUGGUGGUGAGACCAUCAUCAUCUCUGGUUCGACUACCGUCAUCCCUGGGCCCACCGUGAUAAGCGACUGUCCUUGUACGAGGCCCACCACGCUUUAUGUUCCCGGUCCUACAACAACCCUUCCUGGUACCACCAUCACUGGUAAUCCUAGUUUAGGCUCUUCAGCUAUCAGUGGUUCAUCUUCCGGGGCAGCUGGGUCCAGCUCAGCAUCUGCCUCAUCCGCUGUUGCCAGUAACACCUCACCGUUGGGAAGCUCUUCAUCCAGCACCGUCACUAGCAGUACUCCAUACCAGACUGCUGUCGAUGGCAUCGAGUUCCUUAUCCAAAAAGGCGUCAACUACGAUGGCACUCUUCUGAACAUUAAGGCCAAGAGACAAGCUGCCAACACGCUUACUAGCUGUCUGGAUACCUGCGCUGGAUCGUCAGUCUGUGUUGCCACUUCUUUCAACUCCGACACAUCCGCAUGCUUGUACUACAGUGCCAUUGAUCAGAGUAGCAGACAUGCACAGAGUGACGUUGUCUUUGCCAUUGCCAUCUCUCGUCUCGCAGUUCAGUCUUCCUCCGGCCUGACCUCGACUACAGGCAGUGGCGAAGUUUCGGGUUCAACUAGCAUUAUCCUGUCGACUUCUGAGACUGCAAGCACCACCUCGGGAUCUUUUGUAGCCAGCUCAGGUGGAUCCUUGUCUGGCUCAGCAACUUCCGCAAUUGUAUCUACGCCAGGCUCUUCCACUCAGUCAUCACUCGGCUCGACGACACAAGCCACGUCGAACACUUCGCUUCUUUCAUCAUCAGUUCCGUCGUCAGGAUCCGUCUCCUCGACGCUCAGCUCUUCUGGAACGAACACCUCUUCGUCGGGCUCUGUCAGCAGCGGUCCUCCUUCCAGCACAGUUUCGAGUGCAUCAAGUGCCUCCACUUCUCAGGCUGCCCCUACCUCUGCACCUGCUCUGGAGGUAUCCAACAAGCCUCUUCCCCCAUGCGGCAGUGCGAAUGCCACAUCCACUCAACAGUGUAGCGACGACUCUGGCAACGUUUACGCCGUCACUGGAGGAACAGCUUACAUGGGCAAGACUUUUGAUACUUCGGGCAUCACCCUCGACGAUAACGGUGAUGAGAUCAACGCGAGCAACGGAACCAUGAAGAAGCGCGCGCUUGCACCUUCCCUCAGCUCCUGUCUCCGAUUCUGUGACAACUUCCCUGGGUGCAAGGGUGCCAACUACUUCAGCGGUGGCCAGUGUACACUUUUCAGCGAGAUCACUGGCACUGUCCCCAAUCCCAAUGCAUUCGCUGCCAUCCUUGUUGCCACUGCUCAGCAAGCAUCUGCGUCGAGUUCUCAGUACAGUGCUACCGCCAUUAUGACUUCUUCCUCGGCGCCUUCGUCUGAACCGUCUGCCUCAGCUACGACGACAGCUUCCUCUGUCUCUGGAGCUUCUUUGACCGGGUCAGCCUCCUCAAGUGCAUCGGCUUCGUCGACGAAUACACCUCUCUCUUCAUCGAGUGCUAUCGAAUCAUCGUCGAGCGUUUCUCCAAGCACAGCAUCCACUCUUGCACCCACCACUUCGUCAAGCGUGGCUCAAUCGGGCUCUGUUUCCUCCUCUGCUAUCAUCUCCUCCGUGUCCACAUCCUCAUCUACUGUCUCCAACUCUGUUUCUUCCGGAUCCACAAGCUCAUCCGAAUCAACGAGUUCAGAAGUCAGCACAGCAAGUGCGGAGUCUACCGGUUCUCCGUCAAGCACUCUCUCUACUUCUUCCACUAUGAUCCCCACGAGCAAUGGUACCACUACUUCCGGAUCGACCACCAGUGUAUCGUCGACGAACGGAUCAAUCGAGACUAGCAGCAGUGCACCAUUCCCCACUGGCAAUUCAACUUCUGCUGCCGGUCCAACUGCAUCUGCAAGCCUGUUUACUUCUUCGACUCUAAUCUCUUCCAGUUCAGGGCCCUCGGCGUCGAAGAACAGUACAAUGACCAGCUCUACUGCUUCUGGAAGCAUGGCCACCUCUUCCAGCCUUAGCUCCUCCAGCUCCGCUGUCUUUACUAUGGGCAACGGCACGGUUUCGUCUGCCGGGCCCACAGGCACUGUAACCUCCAGCAUUUUCAAAACUUCUUCCACCGUCUCUGAUGAGAAUACUACCUCCUUGGGCCCAACCUCCUCGAGCUCUGCUGUCUUCACCAUGGGCAAUGGUACAGCAACAUCUGUUGGACCUACUGGCACGGGAGCUUCAAGCUCUUCUCGAUCCUCCUCCGUGAUCUCAUCAACCGAGGUCACCACCUCAUCUUCCCCACUCUCGUCAUCCAGCAGCAGUGCUCUGUUCUCCAACGGCAACACGACAUCCUCUUCUGUCAUGUCGACUGGCGGAAUGACAACCUCUUCUCUCCUGACCUCCUCAAGCUCCGCUGUGUUCAGCAUGGGAAACAGCAGUACUGCCUCCACUGGCCCGACUGCAGCUAGCGCUCCCAUGACCACAUCAUCUGCAUCAAGCUCCAGCUCCAGCUCCAGUACUAGCAGUGCUCACUUCACAAUGGGCAACUCCACGACCUCCGCGACUCCUGUCGGUACUGCCUCUUCGAGCUCAGUUGUCUCUUCCAGCUCAUUCAGUAGCACCAUGUCUGCUAUGAGUAACAGUACAACAUCGACCGAGCACACAAGCACUAUGUCAACAAUGUCAAGCUCGAGCAGUGCACCCUUCGCUAUGACGAACUCUACCAGCACUACUCAGUCCAGCAUGCAGCCCACUUCGGGCUCACAAGCUCCGUUCUCGAACUCAACCAUGAAGCGCCGUGCAAACCUUGGAUACUUCUUCGCCGGGGGCUCGAACUAG